CACUCCUCUGACUCCUCCCUGCGCAUCAUAACCAAGACUGGAUGCAAGCAGGCAGCCACACCUCCCCUGAUCUGACAAACUCGCAGCAUCAAGGCGGGGUGGCGUGGCGUGCUGAGAGCCAUUCCACGACAACCUGUCAAGAUAGAGGAAAAAAACAUUUUGAACAUUGGAGGUUGCAUAUAAUGUGAUUGGUUAAACCACAACAGGCAGACAUGAGUUUGGGAGCGGCGUGCAUCUUCUUGCGAGGCGGGAAAAACAUUUCGAGAGAGUUGGCGGAUGAUGAGAUCGAUGAACUGCGUGAAGCGUUCAAUGAGUUUGACAAGGACAAGGACGGCCUGAUCAGCUGUAAGGACCUGGGCAACCUGAUGAGGACCAUGGGAUACAUGCCCACCGAGAUGGAGCUCAUUGAGCUGAGUCAAAACAUCAACAUGAACCUUGGCGGCCGAGUUGACUUUGAGGACUUUGUGGAACUGAUGGCACCCAAACUUCUGGCAGAAACUGCUGGCAUGAUUGGCGUGAAGGAGCUGAAAAACGCCUUUAAAGAGUUCGACGCGGAUGGCGACGGCGAGAUCACAACAGAGGAGCUGCGUUCCGCCAUGAAUAAGCUAAUGGGGGAGCACAUGAGCCGCAGGGAGAUAGACACCAUAGUCAAAGAGGCGGACGACAACGGAGAUGGCACGGUAGACUUUGAAGAGUUUGUCAGAAUGAUGUCCCAUCAAUGACCACAAGGCUGACCGGACCUUUGCACCUGUGCUACAUUUUCAGUCAAAACUCAAGCAAGUUACUCUGCUAUGCAAAGACUGACAAUCAAGAGACUAAAUCUACAGUGGUACCUCGAUUUUCCGAAUUCAUCCGUGUAUGAAUGUUUCCAACAAGAAAUAAUAAAUCCAAAUAAUCCGUUCCAGACACCCAAUAAUGCUAACACAGAUGGAGAAUCAUUUUACAUUAGGAAUGGCAUGGCUACACGUACAUUUAACAUCAACUUUAUCGUUUAUUGAAGACUUUAUUGAGUGGCGCCACCUCUACGACUUCCUUCUUGAAUUCAAUAGUGUUUCUCACCUUCUUUAUCAUAGUGCUGACACUUUUGUUGGAGGACGGCGUGGCUCGGUUGGUAGAGCGACCGUGCCAGCAACCUGGUUCGAUCCCCGGCUAACAUUUGGCAACGUCGUUUGUAAACAGAUUUAUGGCCGACCUAGUUUGAUCCCCGGCUUCCGCCGUCCUAGUCACGUCCGUUGUGUCCUUGAGCAAGACACUUCACCCUUGCUUGUUGUGGUGCAUGUGUGUGUGAAUCACCGUGUGAAUGUGAACACAGUGUCCAAGCACUUUGAGUACCUUGAAGGUAGAAAAGCGCUAUACAAGUAUAACCCAUUUACCAUUUGUUAUAUUCAAGAACGCAUGGACGACGUAUGAGGGACAAUAUUCAGAAUUACCUCUUAUACACACUACUGAAAUGCUCUCACAUAAACAACUGAAAUGUUUUCCUCUCACACACACUACUGAAACACUCUCAUACAUACUACUGAAAAGCUCUUACAUAAAACUGAAAUGUUUUUCUCUCUCACAAACUACUGAAACACUCACACACACUACUGAAACACUCUUUUACACACUACUGAAAUGCUCUCACAUAAACAACUGAAAUGUUUUUCUCUCUCACAAACUACUGAAACACUCACACACACUACUGAAACACUCUUUUUCACACUACUGAAAUGCUCUCACAUAAACAACUGAAAUGUUUUUCUCUCUCACACACUAGUGAAGCACUCUCAUACACACUACUGAAACACUAUUAUACACACUACUGAAAUGCUCUCACAUAAACAACUGAAAUGUUUUUUCUCUCACACACACUACUGAAACACUCUCAUACACACUACUGAAAUGCUCUCACAUAAACAACUGAAAUGUUUUUCUCUCACACACACUACUGAAACACUCUCAUACACACUACUGAAAAGCUCUUACAUAAAAACUGAAAUGUUUUUCUCUCUCACAAACUACUGAAACACUCACACACACUACUGAAACACUCUUUUUCACACUACUGAAAUGCUCUCACAUAAACAACUGAAAUGUUUUUCUCUCUCACACACUAGUGAAGCACUCUCAUACACACUACUGAAACACUAUUAUACACACUACUGAAAUGCUCUCACAUAAACAACUGAAAUGUUUUUUCUCUCACACACACUACUGAAACACUCUCAUACACACUACUGAAAUGCUCUCACAUAAAAACUGAAAUGUUUUU